CAUCCACCGCCCUCGCCCUGUGCGCGUUGGCGUCUUUCUCUUCCUACCUUCAUUCUGUCCUGUUAUGGUGAAGCGAUGCAGAUACCUCGCCACUUUUCCAUAUUUGCGACAGCGCUUUUUCUAGGCGAGCUGGCUGUGGGAGAGAUAGCUGGGGCUGCGACAGGAUGUGGUACACGGCAGUUCUUGCCGGGGGUGACGCAGUAUCGAUUUGGGCUUCAAAGUGCUGGGAAGGAGAGAAGCUACGGGUACCACUUACCGUCGGGGUACGACGAGAAUAAGAAAUACCCUGUCGUUGUCGGCUUCCACGGUUCCAGCAGUAUCGGGCUGUUCUUCGAACUGGAUUCCAAAAUGAGUGAAUCCCGGUAUAGCGACCAAAAAAUCAUGAUAUACCCAAACGGAAUCGACGGCAGUUGGGCCGGGCCAAGCUACCACAGCAACACCAGCUCGACCAUAUCCGAAGACAUUCAAUUCAUAUCCGACCUCAUCGUCGACGUGAAGAAAAGCUUCUGCGUGGACGACACAAAAGUAUUUGGCGUUGGGAUGUCGAAUGGAGGCGGAUUCAUCGGUACGCUGGCCUGCGAUGCACUGGGGAGUAAACUAUUCAAUGCUCUGGCGGCGCACUCGGGAGCUUUCUACACGGAUGUCAAUGGUCCGGAUAACGGAUGCGCUCCUGAUCCAUCUGCUUUGCCCAUUCCGAUUCUGGAGAUCCACGGCGCGGCGGACAGCACUGUCAAGUAUGAAGGCGGACAGGGCGAUGGAGGGAGCCAACCUCCUAUAUCCUCGUGGUUACAGUGGUGGGCGGAACGGAAUCAGUGUGGCUCUCCUGCUUCAGAAGUUAUCGUGGAUGGGAAAGUGCAGCAUUUGACUUGGACGUGUGGGGGGACCCAGGAGCUUCUGGAGCAUUUCAAGGUGGAAGGGCUAGGGCAUUGCUGGGCCGACACGGAGAUCAAUCUAAGCCAGAUAAGUGUACCGCAGGGACCUACGGUGGUGAAGGCGAGCGAGAUGGUCAUGGAUUUUUUCGACCGAGUGGGCGGCGCGGGCUUAUGAGAUGAGAUGGAUACUAUUCGUUGACUUGGUUCUCUACGAUGAUGGCUGAGUUGCCUGGACGAUGCCACGCGUAAACAAACCGCGGCUGGGUGGUUCGGGUACUAUUGCGACGCGACAUCGUGUCUCCCCCCUCAAACUUGGAUCUAACUGAUUUUCUGUGGUCAAUAACUUGAUUUUUGAUUUGGUUCAAUGUGCGGCGCCUUGCGCAAUGCAAUAGUAGUCCUGAUUGUUGAAGCCUGUCUGGUGGGGAUGUCCGAGGCGUGCACUCCUCCACCAAUCAAUGCAUGCAUCCUAUCAAAGGUAUAACGACGUGUCACUGGCUCAAUGGUCCACACGAUCUUGAUGAAUACUUCAUAAAAGACAAUUAAACAAAUAUCCCAUCGCAAAAAAGAAGAUCAAAUUGUAGUAGCAAAGGCCGCCUUGCACGCAGAGAAGCCAGAUGCACGGGCGCGCAUCACCAAAACCCACCUCACCACCCAACCACUUCCACAAACCCAAUCUAUACAGGCGCCUAUAAGUCUGUGCCUGCGCAUGCAAACAAGUAAUCCUCAAUCCCUAAUGCAUUCAAAAAAUUACCAUAGCAAUAAACCACGUACGUCAACACCAAAUCCAUGCAUAUGUGUUUCACCCUCGACAAUUCCCAGCCCGGCCAGCCACAUGGUGAAGUUCCCAGCCACACGGGGGGCCAACGCGCCAUUUCGUCCCAACCACCCACCCCGCGAAGGCAAGCAACCCACCAACCCCCUCCUCUACAAAAUGUCUCUUCGUCCCACACUUUUGUUGAGUCGUACAAUAUCCUCGCAUUACAUUACUCACUCUUGAUUUUUUUUUAAACAUUCUUCUGCAAAGGUUUUUUUCUUAGUUCUUUGGAAAAAGAGUCAAGUGUCCCAUCGCCAAUCGAAUCGACUCGAGGGAUAUCGUUACGGUCGGGAAGGAAGCUUGCAUACGCAUACGCACGUCGCAUCGCACGGCUAGCAGCAGCAUUACCCAACAUUUGUUCUCGUUCAGCCCGAGAAUAAGAACAAAAAAACUAUUACCACCGUCUCCACUCAACUCCCCCCCAUCUCUCGAUCAAUCCAUCAAUCAAUCUCACCCCCCAGCUCUUCUCAACCCUUUGCACCAACAACCCUUCCGCAACAAUGAAGCGCAACGUCGUCAUCUUCCUCAUCAUCCU